AUGGGCCAAUCGAAGCAGACAGUUGAUGCUGUUUCGCUUCAGGCUAUGGAUGAGGUGGUGGUUCUGGGUGGUGAAUUCCGACUCCUGGGACGUGUCGUGGGUUACAAGACGUUGAUGAAUCGGAUUGGUUUAAUAUGGCAGCUUCAAGGGCAAUACCAAGUCAUUGAUUUAGAGAAUGAAUAUUUCCUGGUGAAGUUUGAGAGAGAACAGGAGUAUAUCCAUGUCUUGAUGGAAGGGCCAUGGACGAUUUACGGAAGCUAUCUUACGGUUCAACCAUGGAGUCGUACAUUUUCCACGUCGGAAAAACAUCCAUCACAUGUAAUUGUUUGGGUUAGAUUACCGGGUCUUCCUUAUAGAUACUAUUCCAAAGCGAUCUUUCGUCGUAUUGCGUCGGUUAUUGGACAGAAAAUCGAGUAUGAAGGAUUACAGCAAAUAUAUUUCCAAUGUGGAGUAUAUGGUCACUCGAAAGAUAUUUGUGGCUCUGUUGAAGCGAAUACAAGUAAGGGAGGAGUUGUUAAUGGUUCAAGCGCUGAGUUGGAGAAAGAAGUAGGUGGCGAGGAGUAUGGUUUUGGACCAUGGAUGAUAGCUGAAACGCGGCAAAGGCGUACAAAGAAAUUCAUGAUCCGAAUAUGA